UGACGGUCUUAAGUAUAUCCUCCUUUCGUAGCUAUUACAGAGGGCUACUUGUGUUUUAAACAUGUGACUGGGUGAGAAAGGUGGUAAAAGGGAGAGAGGAGAGAUAAAAAAAAACCCGUGUCUGCUGUUUCACCUAUUGAAAUUUGGCUCUCACACUCUCUCCGACGGUGCUGCGGAGUAGGCGGGUCAAGCAGAGCCCGGUGCUGGCGUGGACUUUAUAAAAUAAUAUUUAACCACUGGCCAGAGAUACUUAAACAUCCGGUGAAGCAAUACCCAACUGCAUUCCUCCGUAGUUGCCUUGCUGCCAGUCGCCCACUGGUGUUUCUAACCCAAGGCGCGCACGCAUUACCCACCAAGCGAAAUUGCGCCCGCUCUCUCCGUGGAUACUUUAAUUUAGUAAUUAUCCCCGGAAAGGUCAAAAACUCUGCUUCCAGGAAGGUUAAAGUAUUCCCGAAUAAUCGUACCUCUAUGAAAAGCUUUUUUCUACCGAACUUCCUCACUGGAUCGAAGCGAUAGGAACGAAUGCUAAGGCGCAGCGCAUCCAGACUUGUCGAAUAAUUUUCCUUCUAUUACUCAUCGGUUUUUGUGGGUCUCGUCCAAUUCACAACUCAUUCACACCGAUGAACGUUUUGGCAUUUCUAUGGACAUAUCCGCUGAUUCAGCAAGAUAAUGGGAGACGCUGAGUUGAACUUUGUCUGCUGUUCUGAAUCGCGGUCAUCCGGGGGAGGUGAGGGAAUGCAGAUCCACCUGUCAUCCCAGAGGAGGUGUAAGCUCACGUGUGGGAAUCCCUUCCACUGCUGAUCCCUUCCCUCUUUCCCUCCCUCCCUCCCUCAACCUCUGAUGGCUCUAUGGGGCUUUCUGAUCCUGCACUGCUGGGUCUGGUUCUGGCUCUUGACCGGGGCCCCUGCAUUGGCCAGCCUGCCCCACGACCGCCCUGGGGGGCCCCUGGACUGGCUGCUGUCCGACAAGGGCCCCUUCCACCACUCCCAGGAAUACACAGACUUUGUCGAGAGGAACAGACAGGGCUUCUCCACCCGCUACAAGAUAUACAGGGAGUUUGGGAGGUGGAAGGUGAACAACCUGGCUGUGGAGAGGAGAGAUUUCCUGGAGUCGCCGUUGCCCCUGACGCCAGAGUUCAUCCGUAACAUCCGUCUACUGGGUCGGCGACCCACCACCCAGCUUAUCACUGACAACCUGAUCAGGAAGUAUGGGACUCACUUUCUGCUGUCGGCCACACUGGGAGGAGAAGAGGCCUUAGCGAUAUUUGUGGACAAGAGGAAGCUGAGUAAGAAGGCCGAGGUGAGCGACUACUCUGGCAACUCGUCCAGUGUUACUCUGGAGACUCUGCACCAGUUGGCUGCCUCCUACUUCAUUGACAGAGAGAGCACUUUGCGCAAGCUGCACCACAUCCAGAUAGCAUCCACAGCCAUCAAGGUAACGGAGACCCGGACAGGCCCUCUCGGAUGCAGUAACUAUGACAACCUUGAUUCUGUCAGCUCUGUUCUGGUUCAGAGUCCGGAAAACAAAGUCCACUUGCAAGGCCUACAGGUUAUCCUGCCAGACUACCUGCGGGACAGUUUUGUCCAGGCUGCUCUCAGCUACAUCGCGUGUAACGUGGAAGGGGGCUUCAUCUGUAAGGACAAUGACUGCUGGUGCAAGUGUGACCCCAAGUUCCCAGAAUGCAACUGUCCCUACAUGGACAUCCAAGCCAUGGAGGACAGCCUGCAGAGGAUCACUGAGACAUGGGGGACACUUUACAAGGAGUUUGAGGACUCAGAUGAGUUCAAGACCUUCCUGACGAGGCUCCCGCAGAACUUCUUCCUGAACGUGACGACAAUCCAGCACCUGUGGUCGUUGGAUGGCGUGUUCCAGUGGCGUUACGAGCAGCUGGAGAACAGCAUGAGUGUGCUCUUCAGACGAGCCCAGAGAGUGGUGUUCAAGCUCUUCAGCCUCAGCAAGAGGUGUCAGAGGCAGCCUCACAUCCGUCUACCCAGAGAACUGCCCCAGUCCUACUGGCUGAGCCACUUCCAGUCUCUCCUCUACUGUUCUGAGAACAACCAGCUGGGUUCGUUCUCUGAAGAGCUCCACAGCUGUACCUGCAGCUACGAGCACAGCCCUUGCCAGCUGUCCCCGCCAUGUGCCAUCGGAGAGGGCCCCGCCUGCGCAGCCUGCGCCCUAGACAACCACACCCGCUGUGGAAGCUGCAACCCUGGAUACGGCCUAACCCAGGGGGUCUGCAGACCCAUGGUGGCUGACUCUACAGAGAACUACCUGGGCUUUGAGACAGACCUACAGGACCUGGAGCUGAGAUACCUGCUACAGAGGGCUGACCGUAGGCUGGAGGUCCACGCCAUCUUCAUCAGUAAUGACAUGCGUCUGAACAGCUGGUUCGACCCGUCCUGGAGGAAGAGGAUGCUGCUGACUCUGAAGAGCAACAAGUACAAGUCCAACCUGGUCCACAUGCUGCUGGGCGUGUCUCUCCAGAUCUGCCUGACCAAGAACAGCACCCUGGAGCCCGUCCUCACCCUCUACAUCAACCCCUUUGGAGGCAGCCACUCUGAGAGCUGGUACAUUCCCGUCAGUGAGAACAGCUUCCCAGACUGGACAGCCACCAAACUGGACCUGCCCCUGGAGUGCUUUAACUGGACCCUGACGCUGGGCAACAAGUGGAAGACCUUCUUCGAGACUAUCCACAUCUACCUGCGGAGCCGGAUAAAGACGCAAGGCGGUGGAGGCCCAGCAGGGGCAGUGAACGACAGCCUCUACUAUGAGCCAUUAGAAAUGCUGGAUUCUUCUCGGAAUCUGGGCUACAUGAAGAUCAACAGCAUCCAGGUGUUUGGCUACAGUAUGCACUUUGACCCAGAAGCAAUCCGCGACCUGAUCCUGCAGCUGGACUACCCACACACCCAGGGUUCCCAGGACACGGCCUUGCUGCAGCUGCUGGAGAUCAGGGACCGGGUCAACCGACUGUCCCCUCCAGGUCAGCAGAGACUGGACCUGUUCUCCUGUCUGCUCAGACACCGGCUCAAACUGACCGCCAGCGAGGUGGUCCGCAUACAUGCCUCACUGCAGGCCUUCAGCAACCGCCUGCCCAACUCUCUGGAUUACGAGACAACCAAGCUGUGUAGUUAACAGUCACUAGGGGACGACUGGGGGACGUUAAAGAUAAACGGCUACAAGGGGAACUAUUGGACAGCUGAAUGGUGUACUGGUACAGUAUUUUGGCUUUCAGUGGUUUGUUGAUUCUCUGGAUUACAAGACUGUAAAACUAUGUACUAAAUGGAGCAGUUGGAUGAGAAGGAAAAGUGAAUAAUGUUGUUUGGCUUUCAGUUGUGUGGCGACUCAAUGACUUGGGAGGUGCUGAUAGCCGGUGCUUUUUGGUCGAAAGAAGUCACACGCAAACUCUGACAUAUGUAAACAGAAGCAGAUCUAGAAAUUGAUAUAUUUAACACUCUCUCCACAUCCAUUUGACCAGCUUGUUUAAAUUCAACCCUUCUCAUUUAUACAGUAUAUACUGAAGCCAACUGGAGGAACUUUUUAAGAAACAUGGUACAGUCUGUUUGUUUGUAACUCUUUUCUAUGUUAUUUUGCUUAUGUGACCGUGCACUUUCCAUAACGACCAGAAUACAGUGGUGUCAGUCAGUUUUGUAGUUGACUUGUUAUUAAAACAUAAUGGAUUAACA